AUGGCGUAUGACCUGCUUAUCAAGAACGGGCGCGUGGUUGACGGCUCCGGCGGGCCUUCCUUUUACGCAGAUGUGGCGGUGCAAAAUGGGAAAAUCGUGGGAGUCGGCAAGUUCACUGAAUCGGCCGAUCGCACUAUCGACGCCGACGGCCGAGUAGUGGCCCCCGGGUUCAUUGACCAUCACACCCACUAUGACCCCCAGGCGUUAUGGGACCCCCUAUGCAACUAUACGGUCCAGAACGGCAACACCACCGUGGUAGUUGGACAGUGCGGACAGACGAUCGCUCCGGCGCGGCCGGGGGACCAAGAGUGGUACCUGAAAUUUUUCGCGGAUGCCGAGGCCAUCCCGCUAAGUUCGUUGCAGAACGGGGUGAACUUCACUUGGGGAUCCAUCGCGGAGUACCUUGACGCCUUGGGCCAAAGGCGCGGCGUCAACGUGGGCGCCCUGGUCGGCCACUCCGGAGUAAGACGCUACGUUAUGGGUGAAGCAGCCUCGGAGCGGGCCGAGGCCACUGCUGAGGAAAUCGAGUCCAUGAAGCAGUUGGUUCGAGAGGGUAUGCUGGCCGGCGCGCUGGGGUUCAGCACCACCCCCAAAGACCGGGAUGACCCUGCCGGCGUCGCCGCUGAGGAAGAGCGAUAUAUCCUCGGCAGCGUCCUGGGCGAGUUGGGCUCCGGCCUCUUCCAGGUUAGCGGCGGCUCCCCGGAGGGCGUUUACGCGUCGCAUCGUACUGCCAAGGAGCUAUCCCGGAGGAACGGUCGUCCUGCCAUCUACAACCUGGUGUCCCAGGAGCUGAACGACCCCGACGGAUGGAAAGAGCACCUCCAGUGGUUGGAAGACUCCUUCAAAGAGGGGAUCAGAGCCUAUGGCUCCUGCAUAUCCAUCACGGCCGGUCCGAUCUUCAACCUAAGGCUGGGUUUGGAUGUUCCCCAGGACGAAGACCUGAUCAGCCCGCACAUCAUGUUCGCGGGUAUGCCCACCUGGGACUCGGUCAUGGCCCGGCCGACUCCGGAGCGUAUACGGGCUUUCCGGGACUCCGAGAUCCGCCGGGCGCUGAGCGCAGAGGCGGUGGAAGGGACCGUUGCCCAAGCGGCGCCGGGGACGGACCGCCGGGGCAGUCCCCGGGGAUUCUUCAACCGGCGCUGGGAUUUGGUAGAGGUCUUCAUGGCCCACCAGGAGCGGAACCGGCAGUUCGAGGGCAAGAGCAUCGAGCAAUUGGCUCAGGAGCAGGGUAAAGGGAUUAUGGAAGCCUUUCUGGAUCUGUCCCUGGACGAAAACCUGGAGACCCACUUCCUGUGCGUUGACCGGAACGUUGACGUUGACUCCCAGAGGCAGAUACUCGGCUCGCCCUACACCGUUAUCGGCACCACCGACGGCGGCGCGCGUCCGGACACGAUGGACCGCUACGAAUACAGCACCAAUCUGCUGGGCUACUGGGUACGGGAAAAGCAGGUCAUGUCACUGGAAGAUGCCGUCUAUCGGCUGACGGGCAAGACCGCCCUGAUGCACGAACUCCAUGACCGCGGCUUCAUCGCGCCGGGCAAAGCCGCCGACCUAACCAUCUUCGAUGCUGACACCAUCGCCUCCAAACCCCGGGAACCGGUGGAUUAUCCCCCGGCCGGCGCUAAUGCCAAGCACGUGAGGCGGGGCGCCAUCGGGAUCGACUAUGUGAUAGUCAACGGCGAGGUUCUGCUGGAAGACGGCGAGCACACCGGAGCGCUGCCGGGCCAGGUCCUCCGGGGGCCCUUGCACCAAGGCUAA